GUGGGCCCAGCGUGGGUAUAUGAGACAGUGUGCGCAGCAAACCAUCAAGAGCAUCCAUCACCACGCAAUAUCAUCUUCACUCGAGAGACCGAAUAUUUUCUUUGUUGGUACCAACAAGCAGCCAAAAUGGCGGUACCCGAGUAUCGUGACGAAGGUACGACAAUAUCCAAACGACAGAACAAUCCAUACUAUUGUAUACACUGAUCACUAACAUUCAACAGUCUCCAUCACACUCUCGAUCGCUGACCCCCCGGCCAACUUCACAUUCCCAACUCGUCGUAUCUUUCUCAGUAAAAAGAAUCCGACGAUCGAAAUCGGCCGAACGAGCAAAAGGAACACCUCUUUUGAGGCGGCCAAGAGCAAUGCUUGGUUCGAUUCACCAGUCAUGUCUCGAAAACAUGCACUAUUCACUCUUGACGCCGACAAACAGAAACUUUAUGUCAAGGACACGGGUUCUCUCCAUGGGACCUAUAAAAACGACGUUCGCCUCGACACGAACGUGAACUCUGAAGUGGCCAGUGGUGACAAGCUCAAAUUUGGUGCCUUCAUUGAACGACCCCAGGAUAAACACUACCCUUGUGCCAUGAUAGUCCGUCAAACAUACGGGUCCAUCAACCCCGACCUGCGCGGCAAUAGCUUCCGCGUUCCUGAAGAUAGCGAUAUCGAAUCUCUGAUCAGUGACGAUGACCAAGUGAACAACAGCUACGAGAUGUUGCGCACCAAGAACUUUGUCCCUGCCAGAAUGGCUACUUCAUCUUGUGGUCAUGGUCCGAUCGAUUUGACAAUGGAUGAUCACUAUCCUCUUUCCAAUGUUAGGGAUGGACAGGUUACCGCGGCCUCUUUCGACAACUCUCCUCACAUUCUAGAGAUACCUUCCCCCAAGCUACCAGGUCCUGUCUCUGUUUCGGGUCACGAGUUUUCCGACUUGGAGAAUGAAGAGCCCGAAGAAGGGGUAAAUGACUUGUCACCAAAUUCUAUGGACACCGAUGACUCUUAUGGUGGCAUUUCAGAAGAUGGCCAGAGUAUCGACUAUGCAAUGUCGUCUGUUGCAGGGGACUCCAUUGUUGAUGAAGAAGAAGACUUUGCCGAACAUGAUGAGUUUGAAGAGGAGCAAGGUAUGUUCAUGUGGUACAGCGCUGUGGACCAUUUUGACCAUUUUCCAGUCUACACUCAGGAACCCGCCCCUCAAGGGAACGGUCAUCUUGAAGAGGCUACUAUCAUGGCAUCUGUACUGAGCGAGAACCCUGAAAAGCUUACUUCGUGUUCACACCCGUUGGCCAACUCUUUCAGCACUCAGACCCGGGAUGUUCCUCAGCAGUCCGAUAGCGCCAACCCCCGUCAGUUGGACAAGAGCCACUAUACGUGGAAAUCCGAUCUUGCUCCUAUGAUGUCGAUUAAUGGCACGUCGUCCCUGAAGCUUCCCUCACUUUCCGAAGCAGUCUUCGACACAUACAAUCCUGAGAUGAUCACACUCUCUACCGCUGAGAUUGUCGGUAGAAAACAUGGAAAGUACGAGUUCUUUGCUGCUAGAGAAGCCAAUGCUUCAGCUGCCCGCGCACAAGCUCAACCUCGACCCAUCGACCCCGUCCGUCAGGCACCAGUUCAGGAACACUGUCUCGUGCGGGCAGAGAUGGGAAAGCAAACCCAAGUGCAACCAGUAGAUGAAGUUCAGCAGGCCAAUAAAGAUGAAGUUCAACCACGCACUUCCAGUUUGGUAUCUUCUGGUCUUAAAUAUCUAGCAACGCCUCCUGAGCACAUCGAAACCAUCACCACAUCUGUGGAGCCAGAGUUAGACGACUCAUCCGCCUGGGCUUUUGAAGAGAGCAAGAAGUCUUCUGGUGUCGAGGUCCCAACCGAGACAACUGAGAAGGCGGUGACUCAAGAGAAUGAUACGGAUGUUGUAGAGGGUGGUGAUACUGCCAAGCCAGCUGAAGCUUUAGAAGCAGCUGAACUGGUCAAACCAGUCGAACCAGUUGAGCCAGCGAAACCGGUCGAAGCCACGAAGGUAGCUGAAUCUGUGGAGAUUCCAGUACUAGAAUCCACUGCAACCAAGAGAAAGGCCGAAGCAAUUUCUCAACUUACCCCUGAAGAACAAAUAUCUAAUGACCGCUCAUUUCGACGACAGCCAUUCCGCAGAAGCAGGAUACAGUCGACUGGAAGGCCUCGCCACACUGCAGCAUUGGCACCACCACCAAACAAGCGUCUUCGUCGUAUGGCAGAAGCGGUCGGGUACGUCGCCCUCGGAGGAGCUGCUGUCAUGUCGGUGCUUAUUGCUACGGCACCCGCUCUGUAAUUUACAGACAAAGAGGCCCCAGACCACGCAACAAUAGCUUAUGAAAUUUUAUGGGAGUUUACGAAUUCGGAAUCAAGGACAGGGAGUCGGCUGUUCACUUCAGUCAAUCUUUUGCUUUCCACUUGCUGGCUUAAGGAACCAAACGCAUGUUGUUAGGGGUAUUUUAGUCGUGCUUAUAUGAAUCUACACAUUUCCUU